AUGGUCGCCAACAAGCCCGGCAACCUCGACGGCGAGACCGCCGGGUCCACGGUUUGGACGCCGCCCAACGAACUCGUCGUCGCCGCCGCCCGCGCGCGCGACGCCGUCGCACCGAGCGCCGAGCGAUCCGCCCUGCUCAAGGAGAAGGAGCGCCAGCGGUCGAAGCGAAGGAGGGAGAACGCCACGGCGGAGCAGCGCGCCAAGGAACGGGCCCGCAGCGCCCGCCGACGCAACGCGCUCACCCCCGAAGAGAAGCAGGCGCAGGCCCUGAAGCGCGCGGAGCGGCGCAAGGAGCGCAAGGCGAACGGAACGCUGCCCGCCCCCAAGCGAGCGCAUCGGCCGCUCGCGCUCGCGGGCUCGCCCGAGCGGCCGCUCGCGCUGCGGGCCGCCGGGGAGGUCGAUCCGGCGACGCCCGGCGAGCUCGGGACGUUCGUGGAGGCGGUCACCGCCGCCGCCGGCGCAAAGGCGACCGGCGCACACAUCGGCAAGGGUUUAACCGCGGACGACGACGCCGGGGAUCUUCGCGCCGUCGUCCCCCAAAUCGCAUCGGCGACGGAACGACGGACGCCCAAGAAGGCGUCUACGGAGGAGCAGCGCGCGGCGGAGAGGAACCGAUCGAAGAUGCGACGGGCGGCGAUGACCGAUGAGCAGCGCAAGAAGGAGAGCCAGGCGCGGGCGGAGCGGCGGAGGCGAUCGAAGGCGCUCGCGGCGGGCGGCGGCGGCGACGGCGCGACGGCGGAGUGA